AAUUAUUUAGUUGAUAAUCACACUCGUAGUAAAUUGUUUUCUGUGAUAAAACUAAAGAUUUUAUUUGUUCAAAAAAAUAAUUUGAGUUUAUUAGGAUUUUAAUGGAAAGUUGAUUCAGACUUUUCAUGCAAUAGCAUUUCCAUGGAUAAAGAAAAUAGACAGUAGUACCACUUUAGCUUAGCUGUCACCGAUUACUUCUUUAUCAAUCUGAUACACGCCGUGGACUUAGACACUUAGACUUCAAAUGCAAUUACAGUCUGUUGUUGUCUUAUAAAUAUUGGUCAUUUGUUGUCAUCUUCUUCUUCACAGCAACAUUUCAUCCUUUUACAAUCAAACCAAAACACCCAAAUGGCCGACGGAGUUCUCUCUAACGUUGUCGGAGAUAUCAUUACCAAGCUGGGUUCUCUAGCCCUUGAUGAGAUCGGAUUGUGGUGGGGCGUCAAAGGUGAGCUUGAGAAACUUAAGGACACAGUUUCUAGUAUUCGCAAUGUUCUUCUGGAUGCUGAGGAGCAGCAGAAACUUAACCAUCAAGUGAAAGGCUGGCUUGAGAGGCUAGAAGAAGUUGUUUAUGAUGCUGAUGACUUGGUAGAUGACUUCGCCACUGAAGCUCUAAGGCGCCGAGUGAUGACUGGAAAUGGAAUGACAAAUGAGCUAAGUAUCUUCUUUUCGUCUUCAAAUCCAAUUACUUAUAGCUUUCAAAUCUGUCGUAAAAUUAAGGCGAUUAGGGAGAGGCUAGCUGAUAUUGAAGGUGAUAGAAAAUUUAAGUUAGAGGUUCGACCAUAUCAGGAGAGGAUUGCAUGGAGGGAUCAAACUGAGUCCUCUUUACCUGAAGUGGUUAUAGGGAGAGAGGGUGACAAAAAGGCAAUUACAGAACUUGUAUUGUCUCCCAAUGGUGAAGAGUGUGUUUCAGUCCUCUCAAUUGUUGGAAUGGGAGGGUUAGGGAAGACGACUCUUGCUCAAAUCAUAUUCAAUGAUGAACUGAUUAAGAAUUCAUUUGAGCGAAGAAUAUGGGUGUGUGUUUCAGAUCCUUUUGAUGUGAAAAUGAUUGUUAGAAAGAUUCUAGAGUCUGCAACAGGGAAUAAAUCAGAAGAUCUUGAGUUAGAAGCAUUUAAAUCUCAACUUGGAGGAAUUAUUGAUAGAAAGAAAUAUCUGCUUGUUCUAGAUGAUGUGUGGAAUGAGAAUAGAGAAAAAUGGCAGAAUUUAAAGAGAUUAUUAGUGGGUGGCUCUAGUGGAAGUAAGAUAUUAAUAACCACUCGCUCUAAAAAGGUGGCAGAUAUAUCUAGCACAAUGGCACCACAUGUUUUGGAAGGGUUGUCUCGGGAUGAGUCUUGGUCUUUGUUUUUGCAUGUAGCACUUGAGGGGCAGGAGCCAAAACAUGCAAAUGUAAGAGAGAUUGGAGAGGAGAUUUUGAAGAAAUGUUGUGGAGUUCCUCUUGCUAUAAAAACUAUCGCAAGUCUCUUGUAUGAGAAAAAUCCAGAAACUGAGUGGCCGCUCUUUUUAAGAAAUGAACUCUCAAAAAUAAGUCAAGAUGAUAAUGAUAUUAUGCCAACACUGAAACUAAGUUAUGAUCAUCUCCCAUCACAUUUGAAGCAUUGUUUUGCAUACUGCGCAUUAUAUCCAAAAGAUUAUAAGAUUGAUGUGAAAACAUUAAUCCAUCUUUGGGUUGCACAAGGGUUUAUUGAUUCACCUAGUACGAGUGAUUGUCUUGAAAAUAUUGGGCUUGAAUAUUUUAUGAAACUGUGGUGGAGGUCAUUUUUUCAAGAGGUGAAAAGAGAUAAAUUUGGAAAUGUCGAAAGCUGUAAAAUGCAUGAUUUAAUGCAUGAUCUCGCAACCACAGUGGGCUGGACAAGGAUCCAGCUAGUAAAUUCUGAUGCUGAUGCACCAAAAAUUGAUGAGAAAAUCCGUUAUGUAGCAUUGAAUUUGGAUGUUGCACCACAAGAAAUUCUUAAUAAUGCAAAAAGACUACGAUCAUUUCUUUUGCUUGGGAAACAUGAUAUUGCAAAAAGACUACGAUCAUUUCCGAAACAUGAUUACGAUGCGCUGUUUAUUCAUAAAAACUUAUGGUGCUUGCGUGCACAUGAUAUGAGUUAUUGUAGGAUUGAGAAGGUGGAUAGUUGUAUAAAAAUGCUAAAACAUCUAAGAUAUCUUGAUGUUUCUCGGAAUGUGGAACUUAGGGUACUUCCAAAUUCUAUUACGGAUUUGCUGAAUUUACAAGUAUUAAAUGUCUCUAAUUGUAGCGAGCUCAAAGAAUUGCCUAAGGAUAUUAAAAAGCUUGUGAAUCUUAGGCAUUUAUAUUGUGAAGGUUGUUUCUCUUUGACUCAUAUGCCACGUGGGCUUGGGCAGUUGACUUCACUUCAGACGUUGUCAGUGUUCGUAGCGGCAAAAGGGCAUAUUUCCUCAAAGGAUGUUGGAAAAAUAAAUGAAUUGAAUGAGCUUAAGAAUUUGAGGGGACGUCUUCAAAUUAAAAAGCUGGGAUGUGAUAAUGAGAUUGUAAAUCUUAAUUUGAAAGAGAAGCCACUCCUUCAAUCAUUGGAAUUAUUCCAUUGGGAGGAGAGUUGCGAAGAUUCAAAUGUUGAUAGAGAUGAAAUGUCAUUCCAAAAUCUCCAACCACAUCGCAAUCUUAAAGAGUUAAAAGUGGUUAAGUAUGGAGGUAGGAGGUUCCCAAGUUGGUUCUCUUCCCUCACGUAUCUUGUCGAUCUCUGUAUGUGGUAUUGCAAGAGAUGUCAGUAUCUCCCACCAAUCGAUCAAAUCCCUUCUCUUCAACGUCUAGAGAUUUUGGGAUUCUAUGAUUUAGAAUACAUGGAGAUUGAGGGACAACGAACAUCAUUCUUUCCAUCCCUAAAGACUCUCAAGCUAUAUCAUUGUCCUAAGCUUAAAGGAUGGCAGAAGAAGAGGGAUGAUUCGACAGCACUUGAGCUACUCCAAUUUCCUUGUCUUUCAGAUUUCACUUGUACUUGGUGCCCUAAUUUGACCUCCAUCCCUCAGUUUGGAUCUCUCGACGAAUCACUAAAUUUGAACGACGCAAGCCCACAACUCGUGCACCAAAUAUUCACACCAUCAAUCUCUUCUUCUUCCUCAAUCAUUCCCCCUCUCUCUAAAUUGAAGCACCUUUCGAUUGAGUACAUUAAAGAGCUCGAAUCCCUACCUCCAGAUGGACUGCGGAAUCUCACUUGUCUUCGAAGCCUAACCAUUGAUAAUUGUCCGGCAUUGAAGUGUCUGCCUCAAGAGAUGCAUUCCCUCACCUCUUUACGAAGAUUGGAUAUCAAGUGCUGUCCCCAAUUGAAGGAGAGAUGUGGAAAUAAAAAGGGUGCGGAUUGGGCUUUCAUUUCUCACAUCCAAAAUAUUACAGUUGAUUACCAAGGAAUUCAAAUGGUGGGCCGGUAUCUACUGGAUGAUGAAGCUUCGGUAAGUUGGUGUUUUUUCUUUCCAAUUUGCAAAUUGAACUUAUAUGAGAAAAUCUUCACUCUAUGAUUCUAUUUACACAGAUCUAUGAAGGAUAUGCUCUUGGCGAGUGGGAUACGCAUUUUGAAUAAUUUUAACUGGAUUUUCAUUUUGCCAUCAAUGGCUCAUCAAGUAUGAGGAAUCACAUGGAUGCUUGGCAGAAGUUAUUAGAACACACAUUAAGAAACCACAACUACAUGCCAUGGCUGGCUUUCCACAGAAGAAUUUCCUCACAUUGCAUGACUACUUUGAGACUGUUGCCAGAAGAUUCAUACAAAUAACAUCAUUUUCCCUUUUUUCCUAAGAAAUCAGUUUUCGUUAUAAAUUUGUGUUGCCAGAAUGUGUAGGAGCACUGAAUUUUAGAUGAAUUUCGUGAGAGUACUUCACAAAAACCAGAAAUCAGAUAGAGCGUUAAAUGGAUUGGCUAUGAAAUCUGAAUCAGACCAGAAAUGAACUUCAUCUACCAGUGAAACAAGUGAGGAACUGUAUCCACAUAUAAAGGCAGUGAAAAGGUGGUAAUAGAAUGGACCUGAGGAUCCGCUUUGGCUUGAAGAGAUACCAUGGAAGCUGUGUGGAAAACAGCUUCACACCCAUCAACAGCAGCAUCAAAAGAUCCUUCUUCCAAUAAGUCAGCUUUGAGCAAGUGAAGCCUUUCCUUGGCUCCCUCAAGUGCAAGAAAGUGUGCAGUUUUCUUCGGAUCAUCUGGGAUACAGAAUAUGGAUUCAAUGAACUGAAGUAUGAGGCCAAUGAGAACAUUGAAUGUUCUUGUCAAAAGAAACGACUAAAUCGAGCAAACUAAUAUAAGAUUCAUAUCAGUUUAGUAAAGCUGAUUCAUGAAAAGUUGAGUCAUUUAGCUACUCAAUCGAAGUGAGGGCUGAUUGAAGCUAUUAAAUACCCAUGAAAUUGCAUAAAAUGAAGUCAAAACCAGAAGUAAUACAUAAAGAUUAGAUCCACAGCUCCACAGCCACAAGCAAAGUCAGUAUAAAAUCAAACCCACAACCAAGAAAUUAAAAAGCUGAACCUCGUUAAAAAAAUUUAAGGUUCAUCAAUGACCCAACUGAGAUUGUAGGCAAAAGAUA